AAAAAGUGUAGCGCGUGCGGUUGGGGCGAGUUAUUUACCGUUUUGGAGCAGCAGCAUAUUGAUAUUGCAAAAAAAAGAGUAGAAAAGGCCCAAGAAAACUUGCGCCAAACAGUAGUCAUCACCUCACAUAUGAACCGAAACCUAAACUCAACUCUAAUCUCAGCAUAGCAACCGACCCCACCAUCACCACCUUAUAAUAAUAUCACAGCCACUGUCUCGCUCUCUCUCUAUCUCUCUCUAUAUACAUCAUAUACAUAAUCUAUUAUCACAAUGAUCAAUAUGGACAUUAGUGUAACGCCGAAUUAUUCGUAUAUAUUUGAUUUCGAGAAUGAUUUCAUACAUCAACGCACACGCAAAUGGAUGCUGGAGAAUUGGACUUGGGUAUUCUACUACUGCGGUAUCUAUAUGGCUGUGAUAUUUGGUGGUCAGCAUUUUAUGCUAAAUCGGCCGAGAUUUCAAUUGCGCGGUCCUCUGAUCAUAUGGAACACAAUGCUGGCCAUGUUCAGCAUUAUGGGAGCUGCACGCACAGCACCUGAACUUAUACACGUGCUGCGUCAUUAUGGACUUUUCCACUCCGUGUGUGUGCCCAGCUAUAUUGAACAAGAUCGCGUGUGCGGUUUCUGGACCUGGCUGUUUGUGUUAAGCAAGCUACCGGAGCUGGGUGACACGAUAUUCAUUGUGCUGCGCAAACAGCCAUUGAUUUUCCUGCACUGGUAUCAUCACAUCACCGUGCUGAUCUACUCGUGGUUCAGCUACACCGAAUACACCAGCUCGGCGCGCUGGUUCAUUGUGAUGAACUACUGUGUGCAUUCCGUGAUGUACUCCUAUUAUGCCUUGAAGGCGGCCCGCUUCAAUCCGCCUCGCUUUAUCGCCAUGAUCAUCACCUCGCUGCAGCUGACGCAAAUGAUCAUCGGGUGUGCCAUCAAUGUGUGGGCCAAUGGAUUCCUAAAGACCCAUGGCACCCAGUCGUGUAAUAUAUCGCAGCGCAACAUCAAUCUGUCCAUUGCCAUGUACUUCAGUUACUUUGUGCUAUUCGCGCGCUUCUUCUACAAGGCGUACCUAUCACCCGGUGGCCAUAAGAGUCGUCGCAUGGCCGCCUCGUUGGCUGCCCAGAAUGCAGUUAAGCAGUCGAAUAGCCCACAGGACAUUAGUUCGAAAUUGCUGGGUGCUGUCGAUGAUCAGGCGAAUGCUGCCUAUUUGCGUAAAACCAAAGCGCAGUAAACCGGAGACCGGAGCUAACCGACGGACUUAAGGACCCAGAGGACUCUGCCCCUCCACUCUCCUCCUCCACCUCCUCCACCACCCCCCCACUAUCACCCCACAUUAACGGCUAAGGACAUACAAUUAUUUAUGUAGGCAGGCAGUGUACAAGUUGUUUUUUAAUUUUAACAUUAUUUUGUCGGGGCUGGCCGCAACACCACAACCACACACAUACACACCGACGGACGGGCGGACGUAUUGACAAAUAGACGCACGUGGAAAGUUUCCGGAAUGUUUAAUUAUAAGCGUAAAGUUUUCUUGGGCAGGAGAGCGGGCUUAGAACUGAGUAAUAGGGCUGCAAAAUUAUCAGUAGAUUGUAUGAAAUAUUUGAAAAUUCCAAAGAGAUAUGACAACUCUCUGUAAACCUUUUCUUUCUUUUUGCAUUCUUCGUUCUUUUGUCUCUUUAUGUUAUUAUUAAAUUGAAUCGAGUUUAUUGCUAAAAAAAACAUCAUUGCCAAAAAAAAAAACACAAAAAGUAAAAAAUUAACUGAAAAAAAAGCCGCAAAUUAUCCAUCGAAUGCGAUUUCUAAACAAGUUUAUUGUUUCGUUUCAUUAAUUCAUGUAGAAUUUAACAUAAAUGAGAAAAAAAAUUUAAAUUUGCAAUUUGAAAAAUUAAACAAAAAACAAAAACAAUUUGAAUUAGGUAUAAUAUAAUUAAUAAAUUCCAUUUUCAUUAUAACAAAUGUAAUUUGACAACUAAACGCUAAAAAUUGACUUGAGUUAGAGAUUACGGUUUUUUUUUUGUGUUUUUUUGGAAAAGUUAAAACAAAAUUCUUGAUAGUUUUGCUGCUCUAUUUCUUUUUUUUUUGUACUCAUAAUUCUCAUGUACAUAGCAAAAAUCGAAUGAAAAUCGCUUCAGAUCAGAACAAAAACAUCAAUAAGGCCAAAAUUCAAAAACAAAAAAACAAGAAAGAAAAAAACACAAAAAAACAGAAUAAGAAUCAAAAAGCCUGCUUUUGAUUAAAUUUUCAUGCUUUAAAUAAACAGUUAACAAGCUCAUAGACGUUGUAAGAGUUUGUAGCAAUUUAGUAAACGGCUAAAAGUUCACUCAAAGUCUUAAGAGAUGUUCAGAAUUCAUAUAUAUAUAUAUACACAUAUAUAUAUAUAUAUAUAUAUAUAGUUCGAUCAAUAAUGCUAACAUAGCGAAUAUAUGUAUGUAUAAUAUAUUUUGAUACGUGUGUAUAAUCGUAGUGGUAUCUGUGAUCCUGGACAAAGAUGCUAAUGCAUUAUUAUCUCUUUCGAUUUUGACAAAAAAAAAAACAAAAAAGGUGUUAACAAUUGAAAUGUAUCGUUAUACGAUACGUUAAUUACCAAUAUCUGGGGGAACUGCAAACCAAUUCCUAUUAAAUUGGCCAACUACUAACUAAUUGAUAAAGUUGCCCCGGUGGCGUGCGUUUUAAAAGCCCACAAACUUUCUAAUGUCAUUAAUUAUAUAUAUAUAUAUUAAAUCUAUAUAAAUAUAUGUAUUUUUUUUUUUUUUUAGUACUUCUAAAAUUAUUGACAGCUAUUCUAAAUUUAUUUGUAAUUCCCAUUUCGGUUCUAUAUACAUACAUAUAUAUACAAAACAUAUAUAUUUAAAUUUUUUUCUUUGUUGUCAAUUUUUUACUCAGAUGGAAUUUUCUCUAUAAAUUAUAUGCCCACUUUUCA